GUGAUCCGUCCUCUGCGCCGCCAUUUUGGAGCUCCGAAUGAGGAGGGGGAAAGUGGGGGAAAAGAGGGAAAAGAACCGGGAGAGAGGUGGGCGAGGACGAGGGCGAGGGCACGGCCGGGUCCUAGCCGGCUAAAGGAGGCUCGCGGAAGCAGCAGCCGCCACCCGACCGCAGCUGGAUUUGGAAGAUUGAUCCAAGGGACUGUAUUAAUUUCAGGAAUUGAUUUGAAAGACACUGGCUCUGCCACUUAACAGCCAUGUAACCUUGGAUAUGGAAGAAGGCAGCAGUGUUGCAAUGUUGGUGCCAGAUAUUGGGGAACAAGAAGCUAUAUUGACUGCUGAAAGUGUCAUCAGUUCUUCAUUGGAAAUUGAUGAUCAAAGAAAAGCUAAAGCAGAUCCAUUAAUCCAUGUUAUCCAGAAGUUAAGCAAGAUAGUGGAACAUGAAAAGUCACAGAAAUGCCUCUUAAUUGGGAAAAAACGUCCACGUUCAAGUUCUACAACACACUGUCUUGAAACCCAAGAACUGUGUGAGAUUCCAGCUAAAGUAACCCAGUCACCUGCUGCUGAUAUUAAAAAGGCUGAAAUGUCACAAACAAAUUUGACCCCUGACUAUCUCGCCCAGAAUGAUGGGAAGGCUAUGUCUUACCAGUGUAGCCUUUGUAAGUUUCUGUCAUCAUCUUUUUCUGUGUUAAAAGAUCACAUCAAGCAGCAUGGGCAACAGAAUGAAGUGAUACUGAUGUGCUCAGAGUGCCAUAUCACAUCUAAAAGCCAAGAAGAACUUGAAGCUCAUGUGGUGAAUGACCACGAAAAUGAUGCCAACAGCCACACCCAAAACAAGGCCCCGCAGUGCAUAAGCCCCUCCGACUCCUUAUGUCAGAGAACCAUAGAAAGAAAUACCGAAACCGUUCCUGAUGUCCCAGUAAAUGUGGGCAGCCCACAAAUUCCUGCUGUCCAAAGUGCGUCCGUGGCAGAAAUGGGGAGGAGGAAGUGGUAUGCGUAUGAACAGUAUGGCAUGUAUCGAUGCUUGUUUUGUAGUUACACUUGUGGCCAGCAGAGAAUGUUGAAAACUCAUGCUUGGAAACACGCUGGGGAAGUUGACUGCUCCUAUCCAAUCUUUGAAAAUGAAAAUGAACCCCUAGGCUUGCUGGGUUCUUCAGUGACUGCUGCACCUGGUGGGGUCGAUGCUGUAGUCAUUGCUAUUGGAGACAGUGAACUGAGUAUCCACAAUGGGCCAUCGGUACAAGUGCAGAUUUGCAGCUCAGAACCAUUGUCAUCUCCAUCUCCUUUAGACCAGAGUGCAGAAGGAAGAGUACACCUAAGUCGGUCAGUUACCCUUGACCCUAAUGAGGAAGAAAUGCUAGAGGUGAUUUCUGAUACGGAGGAGAAUCUGAUUGCCGAUAGCCUCCUUUCAUCAGCACAGAAAAUCAUUAGCAGCAGCCCAAACAAAAAAGGUCACGUUAAUGUGAUUGUGGAGCGUUUACCAAGUGCUGAAGAAAGCCUUUCACAGAAACAUUUCCUCAUGAACGCUGAAAUUGAAGAGAGGAAAAACCUGAGCCCAGCCGAAAUCCCAGUUGAGUGUGAAGGCACGGAGGAUGUGUAUCAUGCCGAUAAAUGUACUGUUGAUAUUGGGGGCUUGGUCAUAGGCUGGAGCAAUCCAGAGAAGAAAGAAGAGUUAAUAAAUAAAGGCCUGGCAACUGAUGAGAAUGCUCCCCCAGGCCGCAGGAGGACAAAUUCCGAGUCUCUUAGGCUACACUCCCUAGCUGCAGAAGCCCUUGUCACAAUGCCUAUAAGAGCUGCAGAGCUAACAAGAGCCAACCUUGGACACUAUGGGGAUAUAAACCUUUUAAAUCCAGAUACCGGACAAAGGCAAGUAGAUAGCACAUUGGCGGCAUAUUCAAAAAUGAUGUCACCACUUAAAAACUCUUCAGAUGGAUUAACUAGUUUUAACCAAAGCAACUCUGCCUUAGUCGCACUCCCGGAAGGCAGACAGGAAUUGUCAGAUGGGCAAGUUAAGACAGGGAUCAGCAUGUCCUUACUCACCGUAAUUGAAAAAUUGAGAGAAAGGACAGACCAAAAUGCUUCAGAUGAUGACAUUUUGAAAGAGUUGCAAGACAAUGCCCAGUGCCAACCCAGCAGUGAUGUAAGUUUGUCAGGAAACAAUGUGGUAGAAUACAUCCCUAAUGCUGAACGCCCCUACCGCUGCCGCUUGUGCCACUAUACGAGUGGUAACAAGGGCUACAUCAAGCAGCACUUGCGAGUCCAUCGACAGCGACAGCCCUAUCAGUGUCCUAUCUGUGAGCACAUAGCUGACAACAGCAAAGAUUUGGAGAACCACAUGAUCAACCACUGCAAAACAAGAAUAUACCAGUGUAAGCAGUGUGAAGAGUCUUUUCAUUAUAAGAGUCAACUGAGGAAUCAUGAGAGAGAGCAACACAGCCUUCCAGACACCUUGUCAAUAACAUCUUCUAAUGAGCCGAGAGUUUCCAGUGAGACAACUGAUGGAAAAUGUGUUCAGGAAGGGAAUAAGUCUUCAGUCCAGAAACAGUAUAGAUGUGAUGUAUGCGAUUAUACAAGUACAACAUAUGUUGGCGUCAGAAACCACAGACGAAUCCAUAACUCUGAUAAGCCAUACAGAUGCUCUUUGUGUGGCUACGUGUGCAGCCAUCCUCCUUCUCUGAAGUCUCACAUGUGGAAGCAUGCAAGUGACCAAAAUUACAACUACGAACAAGUGAACAAGGCUAUCAAUGACGCAAUUUCCCAAAGUGGCAGAGUUCUUGGAAAAUCCUCUGGAAAGACUCUAACCGGCAGUGAAGAGAGAGCCGACCCUGUCACUGGAAGUUCAGAAAACUCCGUGUCAUCCUCAGAGCUGAUUUCCCAGGCUCCCGGUGAAGUUGUAGAUCCCAACGAGAAUGAGAAACUGAGCCCAACAAAUAAUACCUCAUAUAGUUUAGAAAAAAACUCCAACCUUGCCCCUCCUGGUAUGGAGUAUUGUGUUUUACUCUUCUGUUGUUGUAUUUGUGGUUUUGAGUCAACCAGCAAAGAAAAUCUCUUGGAUCAUAUGAAAGAGCAUGAGGGUGAGAUUGUCAACAUCAUCCUAAACAAGGACCACAACACAACCGUAAACACAAGUUAGGGGAAAUAAUCACUUGAAGAAGAACUUGGUAGACGAGGAUCCCCUUAAACCACAGCCUCACCUUUGUUGUCAGGUAGCUAAUUUACUAGACACAGAAAAAAGAGUCGGUAUGGUUUUCAGAAGUGACAGAUGCAACUUUGGAACUAAACCCGUUGUAAAAUGAAUUCCAGAUGGGUAAGCAGUGAAGGGAAGUAGGUUGAGGAGGAAGCAAAAAUGUAAACCUGUAUUAACCCUCUAUCACCCAUGUUAGUGUCGAGUGUAUUUAUUAUCAAAAGCUUAUUGUAGUGUAGAAAUGCAAGAAGAGUUACGAAAGGGCUUUGCAAGGCGUUGCUCUAAAAUGUAUGCUAUCUGUGUCGCAGUCUGCAGCAGAGCCUCGUUUUCUUCAUUCUCACGUUUCACAUGCCAGCUCUAGGAUGACAGGCCUCUGGUGAGAAGAAGGAGGCAGCUCGAACAGGGUUUCUUUCUGUGUCACCGACAGAGUCGACAGGGAAACGGAGGGCUUUAAAAUGACCCACUUAAAUCGUUCCCUCAAUUUAUAGGAAUUAAUCCUCUACCCGAGCUGAGAUUUCUCCCUUUACGCCUAAAAAAAAAAGAAGGAAAAGAGAGACCUCUAAACCAAAUCUGGACUGUCAGCAAUGCAAUUAAGAAGUAAAUUAUUGUCUUAAAUUACAAUGAAUUUCUUAUGGGCAAAGGAGGAAAUAGGUGAAUUCCCAUCAGACUUGAAACAGAUCUCAAGUUCACAGAAAUGGUAAUUCACUGGGCACAGUGCACUUCUCACAGGUUCUUUUCAGAGUGUUUGAUGGGACACAGCACGCUUUGCCUAGAUACACGGUCCUCCUAAUCCUCUCGGCUAAACGAGAUCAUGCUGGUUAUCUGAGAGUCUGCUGAGGCAACAGGGUAUGAAAACUUGCUUUUGAUCAUCAGCCCCAUAGAAAUAAUUUGAACUCGUAAGGUGAAAAUCAGCUGGAUGUGGGGUAAAAUUCAGGAGCCUUUUAAAAUGAGUGCUGCUCUUGAGAUUUUCCUUCCUGGAGUUUAUUAGUUUAGUCAUGUUUAACAGAAGAGGAGAAACCAAAUGUGACUAAAAUACAGUAGAAAUUCAGGUUCUUUAUAAAAACUUAAUCAACAAACAGCAUUCAGUAAAUCCAUAGGAUUUCUAAGAAAUUCCAAAUGGAAUUUCCAGUAUGAUAUAGGACAUGUUAAAAACCAACUAAAAGUGCUUUUGCCAUCAAAUAGACGUAAUCUCAUUAAUUUCACAUUUUGUACUAUAGUUAUUUCCAAAGGUGAAAGACACAGGUCGUUUCUGUUUUUGUAGUUGUAUUCACUUAUUUAUGCAUUGUUUAUUAACGUGAACUUCACCUACAAGUCAAAAGGCCAGUGCGCCAGUUUUCACGGUGCUAUUUCUGAGUUUCUGAAUAUUCUGAAUCCUGAUUUUUUAACAUCUAGAGUUAAGGCCAUGACUCUGCUAAACUUAGAACGUGCGAAACAGAGUUUUUUGAGUGGGCAACUCUGUAGACAUUUUGUUUCCAAAGUCCAGUUAUGAAUUGAAUUAAUAUUUUAAAGAUAGUAUUAGGAACUAUUUAAGUGGGGCCAGGUGUCUUGAAACAUUGUCUGAUUUGUUUUUAUUUUUUAUCUCAUUUUGCUAAUGAUAUUUAAACAAUUGAUUGUAACUUUGCAGCUCUAUGAUUUAGUUAGCUUUUAUUUAUGAAACAAUCCAUUUCUGAUUUGUGCUUUUAAAAAAAAAAAAACAUGAAGUUAUAUAUACUAAAUUAUAUACCCCAAAUCCAUUGUAUUUGGAUUUAAAUUCAUUUUCUCCUGUUUUCAGAAUUGAAAUAUUUAUUUCAAAUUCAAAUACAGUAUUUUAAAGAGUCACAUUUUUUACCACUCAUGUUAUUGCCGCUCAUGUCGGCCAGUUUUUUCAUUGCUGAUAACUGUGACUCAUUAUUUCUUUAUAAAAUCUGUUAUUCCAGAAGUUAACAACCUGACAAGAAUUUUGUUUGAUAAAUUUUCUUUGUCUUUCAUUUUAUGUAAUCAUUUGGAAAAUACUAAUAACCAAAGUAUCCCCAAAACUUCAAUAGUGUGACUAUUUAAAUUACCUUUCUUCCAUUUCCUUAAACCACUUCCGUUGGUUGCUACUUAAGUCUUUCCAUUUGGAAUCAUGGAUUUAAAAUUUCCCUAGUUCAUGGGGGAAAAUUAACCCACAGGUUCAAAGCCUUUAACCUUUCAUGGAAUUCUGGCUUUUGAAUGUCUUAAAAGCUUUCUCCUGGCCUGUCGGAGGAAUCAUAUACCAAGAAUGUUCUAUACCUUCCUGUUGUUUUGUGGCAAGCCUUAAUUUAACAGUGUCUCUACCACGAACAAUUGAGUUUUCUUAAAGUAAUAAUGAAGAUUAAAUAUGCAAUUGUAAUUGUAAAAGAGAUAGCUAUUAAAAUAAUCAGUAGUAGUUUGCUUUAUAGGAAUAUCACUUUAUUUAUUGCUGUUAGACCUUUUGUUAUCCAAUGCUCCUUGUAUUUGUUUUCUGCUCUGAACACCUACAAUUCCAGAAUUUGAUAGUGAAGUUCGAUUUUAAAGGAAACUUACUGGAUAAGGCAGCGCUGGCGAGGGAAAAGGUGAUGCAUUCUGAUCAUUAUGAGAUAUUUUUCAGAGCUCUGUCGUUUACUCCCGGUCUUAAUAAACAAGCACAUGGUUGGAGUCCCCAGUGUUCCCGCAGUACCGUGCUUACCUUCCAUCUGAUCUGUAGACCGCAGACAGUGCAACGUAGUGACACUGACUGAAGCCUUUCUCUAGAUCUUUAAUCCUAUCUAAGGUAGCGUUGGUGAUUCCAUAGUUUUCUCUGUUCUUUCUCACGAAACAAAUGGUGGGCAUCCAUGUUUACAUUGUGUCUUCCCGCAGUGUGCUUGGCUUGACAGAGACAAGCAGGCUUCUCUAUUGAGACUUACUAUAUUUUUAGUUUUCAUAGACACUUAUUUAAUCUUUUUUUAUUGUACAGCAAGGUGCUCUAAGUAAUAUUCUAUAAAAUAUAUUUAAUAGAAAUUUGAGUUUGAUAUUCAUGGACAUGAAUACAUGUAUUUUUUUAAGAAAUAAGUAUUGUGUAACACUAUGGCAUUGCUUCUAUAGCCAAAGUAUAAAAAUUUCUGGAACACUGACAUGUAAAGACUACAGUUAAUUCUGACACUGUAUCUUAUUAAAAUAGGAUGAUUUGCAUUUUGUAAAAUUAUCCUGCACAUCAAGCUGCAUGCCUUAAAGCUGAACCUCUAGGAUUGCGUUCAUGGUAGAACAGUUCAUCUGUUCAGAACAGUGAGGCAAAGUCCAUAGCGCUUCUCUAACUACCUUUGGAAAUACUGUACAAUGUUAGAAUAAUUUAUUUUGCUUUACAGGAGUUUGUCAUGUAUUGACUUUAAUAUUGUAUUUUGGUAAUAAAUUUUUUGUUAAAAAUACUGGUCUCUAAGUUUUAUUAAUAGUGAUUCAUAGCCAGUCCUAACCUGGAAAUGUUGAUUUGAUUACCUAGGAAGUUGUGUUUCAAUAAUUAAAAGCGUCCCGGGGGGUAAGCUGAGCCUUGUUUACCUUUUGGUAAUUUGUUAAACUGUUGCUGACCAGCAUUGAACUGUGCUAUACCAAGAUAAUUGAGAAAGCUAGUUAUCUUCAUCGUUUUAAAAGUUCAAUAUGAAUUCGAAGCAUUUUUUUCCUUCCUAUACAGGUCUACAUUUUAUUUUCCAAAUCACACACUGAAUAUUCUGCUAAUGACAAUUAGCGUUCUUUACUGAAGGCCAGAGAUGACAAUAGUGUGUUCACACUUUGGUCAUUUUGUGGUCUGUACCAAGUCUCUCGAUGUGAGGUUUGUUGCAUCGGCAGGUGACGCUAGCAUCAUCUGACUGGAUCAUUGGUCUGAUUAUCAGUUUGUGCCCUGGAAUCCUGGGCUACCUCAGCUUAAAAGUGACCAAGGCCAAAUUCUUUGUUUCCCAAAAGCUGUAAUUCCUUGUCCUGUGCCCCCUAGAGGCAAAAUCUCAUCACUGUGUCCUGACUGCCAAAUUAGUUAGCAAUCCUAGCAUGGAAAGGCUAGAACCUGUGGCCCCAUUUGGUCACCACCAGCUACAUGUGGCUAUUAGAAGUAUGGCUAAUACGUUCUGUAAGUGUAAAAUAUACCACAAUUGCAAAGACUUGGUACAAAAAAAAUGUAAAGCAUCUCAUUGAUAGUAUUUUAUAUUGAUUACAUGUUGAAAUGAUAUUUUGGAUACAUUGGGUUAAAUAAAAUAUAUCACAAAAAUUAA